AUGGACGCUAUCGCCUACAUCGAGGAGCUGCAGGAGCAGGAGCGCCAGAUUCUUGCCGCCCUCCGAACCGACAGCUGCACCGCCGUGGCCAAGGUGGACGAUGCCGCCUCGACCGGCAGCAACGCAGAGGACCAUGGCGUCGGCUCCUCGCCGCGGAAGAAGAUGAGGAGGACCACCUCUGCCUCCUCCAUUAACGGCGCCUUCUGUUCUCCUUCCACGCAUCCGGUUCAAAUCUUUGAGGCAGAAGGAAUGCAUGGUGCUCAAACAAUCAAGGAGAUGAUACAAACUCACAAAGCCAUCUCGAUGUGAGAAGAAGCUCACCGAUGUCUAUGAGUCCAUGUUGAAGAUUAAGUGUUGCAAAUAAUGCACUAAUGGGCAUCCCAUCUAUCUA